UUCAGGAAUAUUUGUACAGCUUCCUAUGCCGCGAAAAUCUCACAUUAGAUUGAAUGCUGUUUUAUACCGUUAUCUUAAAUUAUUAGGAAAGUAUGACAAUACAUGUAUGUCAAUAGUAAGCCUGAGCAAAAGAAGGACGUCGUGAGAGUCAGCUGUUGUCAAACUGAACAGCAGAAGUCUUCGCAGACCGUCCUCACCUCACUGGGUCGACACGCGCCAGUCUGCGGAUUUUACAAACUUGAGAAAAUGGAGGCUGUAUCUGAGACAGAUGUGCAGUUCUGGAUGGCCAAAGCCGUGAACUGGGGGGAGGCUACGUCAUGUUCUGCUCUUCUGGACACAAGCAGACACCUUGGCUCUCUGAGGAGCUUUCUCCAGCAAGUUCUGCAGGGGUUGCAACAAAUGAGCUCCACUAGUGAGGCCAUGAAGACGUUUCCUUUUGUGGGCCAGUUCCUGGGAAGACUUUGUUGGAACCCAUGUGUUAUUGCGGAUGAGAGGAGCCAGAGACUCCUGCUGCGGUGUUUGAACUGUCUGUACAGCGCUGAGCCACUUAAUACUGUCGAACAAAAAGCCAACAUGUGGAUCAAGAAUUCACACAGAUGGUUUACCAUAAGCAAUACAGAACCCCUCGCAUUUCUGCCAGAUUCAAACAAUAUGUUGUGUCAUCUGAUCUCGGAGGAGGAGGGCAGUGUAGCUCAUGCUACAGUAAAACAUGCUGGAUUAACCCCGACGCGAUACCACUCAGAGGCUCUUCAGAAGGUUGUGUCAUUGAUGACAGAGGAGGUCAUUAAAACCUGUGACGGCUUGCCAAACACAUCAGCCAGGUGUUCAAAUGGGAAUAUUCAUGCUAUGUCAUUGGCAUGCGCUGCCUUGGUCACAUGUCCUCAGAUAUCUCCUCUUAUUGGAGCUCUGUUGAAGCAUUCCAUGUUGUGUGGCUCUUCCUGUCUGAAUCAAGAGUUCAUUAAGGAAGUCAGUGAGGCCUUGAUCAGUAAGAGGCUUGUGUUGGAGGAUGAGGCCGUAGUGAACCUGUGGUGUUACAGUCCCACCUGUCUGGAGGGGGCAGCAGUGAGCUUACUGGAAUCUGUGCUGUCUGACCAUGAAACAAUGUCACAGAGUCUGGACAAACAUGUUAAUGGCUCAUUACUGCCUCAAGCUUCAGCCGAUCACUGUCACAUCUUCCUCACAAUCAACGAACUUUACAGGAAUGUGCUGACAGAGAUUGAUGAGAACCUGGCCGUGAGAGCCCUCAUACAGGUUUUCACUGUCUGCUUCCUCCAGAGACUGACUGGACAGAAAUCCCAGGUACAAACUGGCUUCAUGAAGGAUCGUCUACCACUCAGAGCCUUCUUCCCACAUGUGAUGCAGAGUUUACUCACUCCUUUACUGACAGCACCAUCAGAGGUUCCCAGGGAAGCCUGGCUGGAUCAUCUGAGCUGGAUCAGAAGUUUACUUCAGAGCGUGACGGAGAAUGAGGAGGCAGGGGAAGAUGUCAGGGCGUAUCAGGCUUUCUUUGAGGCUUGGUUCCUGCUGGUGCAGUGUGGGUAUUGGGUGGACACAGCUGCUGAGCUGCUUGUUCUGGCAGCGCCUGAGAACGCCGAACCGCUGCUGUGGCUCCUGACUUUCUUCCACCACCCCACCAACAGAGGGCACCAGAGGUCCCAACAAACCGCAGUGGCCAGAGAAGCCUGGACUCAUCUAAGGAUGCUGUUUCUCACUCGUCCUCCCCCUCCCAGACACCUCAGUGCUGUGAAAGAGCUCCUGUCCUCCUCCCUUUCAGCAAACCUCGUUUUGCAUUUGUUUUCAAACUUCACCAUCUUUUCCCACGGACCUGUUAGCAUUAUCACUGAAAUAACUGACAAGGUGCUGACUGAGGCCGGUGUGAAGCGCAGGGCACUGUGGAUCCUCGCCUCAAUACGCUGCAGACUAAACAGUGCCGCUACGCGGGACGACAAGGUUAAUUCCAGGCUGAGGACUCUUCAGGACACCCUCCUCCAAACCUGAGAGCCUCACAUAAAAAGUCCUAGCUUCGAGCGCUCGCCCAAACUAUUUAUUAGGACAAGGAAUCCUGGCGUGGCUCAGUUACGCACCGAAAAGCUGGGUGGGACGAUAUGGCAUUUAUAGAAGAGAAGCCCAGCUGCCGUUUUUAACUUUAAAAGCAGUGGGUGUUCUCCCCCUAAACCCAAGAGGGGCCUCCGCACUUGAUGUAUUGAGCCAAAUAAAAUAACACAUGUAUUUCUAUCUGUGUGUUUGGAUGACAUCAAACAUGAAUCGGAGAAAGUAAAUUACCAGGGAUGUGACUGCUGUCAGAUCUGC